AUGGGCUCGGAGUUGGAUCCGCUGUUCCUGGCCUGGAGCUAUUUUAGGCGCAGGAAGUUCCAGCUCUGCGCCGAUCUCUGCACGCAGAUGCUGGAGAAGUCUCCUUAUGACCAGGAACCAGAUCCUGAAUUGCCAGUGUCUCAGGCAGCUUGGAUUUUAAAAGCACGAGCACUAACUGAAAUGGUAUAUGUAGAUGAAACUGAUGUAGAUCAAGAAGGAAUUGCAGAAAUGAUUCUGGAUGAAAAUGCUAUUGCUCAAGUUCCACGCCCUGGAACAUCUUUGAAACUCCCUGGAACUAAUCAGAUAGGAGGGCCGAGUCAAGCUGUCAGGCCAAUUACUCAAGCUGGAAGACCCAUUACAGGUUUCCUUAGGCCCAGCACACAGAGCGGGAGGCCAGGCACUAUGGAACAUGCCAUCAAAUCACCAAGAACUGCCUACACAGCCCGCCCUGUCACCAGCUCAUCUGGACGAUUUGUCAGGCUGGGAACGGCUUCCAUGCUUACUAGUUCUGAUGGACCAUUUAUAAAUUUAUCUAAGCUGAAUUUAACAAAAUAUUCCCAGAAACCUAAAUUGGCAAAGGCUUUGUUUGAAUAUAUUUUUCAUCAUGAAAAUGAUGUUAAGACUGCUUUGGAUCUGGCUGCCCUUUCCACAGAGCAUUCUCAGUACAAGGACUGGUGGUGGAAAGUGCAGAUUGGAAAAUGUUACUACAGGUUAGGAAUGUAUCGUGAAGCAGAAAAACAGUUUAAAUCAGCUCUGAAGCAGCAGGAAAUGGUAGAUACAUUUCUCUACUUGGCAAAAGUUUACAUCUCAUUGGAUCAACCUGUGACCACUUUAAAUCUUUUUAAACAAGGCUUAGAUAAGUUUCCAGGAGAAGUAACCCUGCUUUGUGGAAUUGCCAGGAUUUAUGAGGAUAUGAACAAUAUGUCAUCAGCAGCUGAAUACUACAAAGAAGUUUUAAAACAAGACAAUACUCAUGUGGAAGCCAUUGCAUGCAUUGGAAGCAACCACUUUUAUUCUGAUCAACCAGAAGUAGCUCUCCGGUUUUACAGGCGACUCCUGCAGAUGGGUGUUUAUAACUGCCAGCUUUUUAACAAUCUGGGGCUGUGUUGCUUCUAUGCCCAGCAGUAUGAUAUGACUCUGACCUCAUUUGAACGUGCCCUUUCUCUGGCCGAAAACGAAGAAGAGACAGCUGAUGUCUGGUACAACUUGGGACAUAUAGCUCUGGGAAUAGGAGAUAUGAAUUUGGCCCAUCAGUGCUUCAGGCUGGCUCUGGUCAACAACAACAACCACGCCGAGGCCUACAACAACCUGGCCGUGCUGGAGAUGCGGAAGGGCCACGUGGAGCAGGCAAGGGCACUGUUACAAACUGCAUCGUCAUUAGCACCCCAUAUGUAUGAACCACAUUUUAAUUUUGCAACAGUCUCUGAUAAGAUUGGAGAUCUACAGAGAAGUUACGUUGCUGCACAGAAGUCUGAAGCAGCAUUUCCAGAUCAUGUGGAUACACAACAUUUAAUGAAGCAAUUAAAGCAGCAUUUUGCCAUGCUUUGAUCGUUCCUUAGACCAAAUAUGUUCCUAUGAAAAGGCAUUAUACUGGGGGAAAAAAGUAGUGUGUGUGUGUAUGUAUAUACAUAGGAUAUAUAUAUAUAUAUAUGUUAUACAAACCUAUGCUCAAUAUUAGUGAAAGUGAUACAUAAGGGAGUUUAACCAGAAUGUAUAAUGAAAAUUUCAUAAUAAUAGUAACUUUGUAAGAUAAUAGUAUAAAAUAAAGGAUUUAAGCAUUUC